AUGUCGUUUUUUGAAAGUAUUAUUAAAUGUCUGUGCAUUAGAAAUGAUCCUUUGAUAUUACCAGCUGAUGAUCUGAAGAGAGAUUCAGCAACAUUUGUGAAAGAAAAAUUAAAAGAAAUUAGUGAAAGGAAUAUUUGUGAUGUUGAUGCUAUGCAAACGGUAGUUGAACAUGGAGGCGGUUACAUUGAAACUAAAAUUAAUCGUCUUUCUGGAUCUUUUGGAUCUUACUUAAAAUUUCAUGAAAACGUCAUCCAAUAUUACCCUGAAUUUAUUUUUCAAGGGACUUUAUUCGAACAAAAAUCGAUUUGUAUAAAGGAAGUUGGAUCAUUCAGCAAACAAAUGGAAAAUGAGAUGCUGAUUGCUAAGAAAUUAAUUCACCAUGAAAAUAUUCUUUCUCACUUCUUCGGAUUUAAUCAGAUUGAUGAAAAUUUCAUAGCGAUGGAGUUUUAUGAGAUGACGUUGUGCUCUGUAAAGACAAUUGUUUUAAGAGAUCUUUUAACUCAAUUGAGCAAUGGAAUUGAAUUUCUUCAUGAUUCUCGCAUUGCUCAUUGUUGUUUAAGAUUAACUAACGUUGCUGUCGUUACAAGAGGUGCUUCAAAACGGAUAUACAAGAUAACAAAUUUCCGUGAAGCAGUCGAAACUACAAAUGAAUUUGAACUUAAAUCAGACAUUGAAGCUCUAGGAAAAAUUUUGCUUCAUUUUCAGAAACGUCAAGAAGAUCAUGAAGAAAAUGAUGUUGAUUGGAGUGAACAUGAUAAUGUUCUAUGUGUUGAUGUUAUUGACAGAAUGACUGACGUUGAUUAUCACAACCGACCUUUUAUCAAGACAGUGAAGUGUCAACCGUUCCUGUGGUCACAUCGCGAUAGUUUACACUUCAUCAUAAAAAUCGCAAAAAUUCUGGAGCAAAACAUUUGCAAUUUCAGUGAAUAUUUAAGAAGUCACGCGGAAAGAAUUUUCAAUCAAGAUUGGCGUGGAUACAUCGAUCGUGAUGUUCUCAAUGAACUUGACGAUAUAAAUCGAAAGAGACUGCCAUAUCACAUGAGAAUCAAGUUUAAUGCUGAUGAUAUCUCCUUAAAAAGUGAUGUGAUUGGAUUGAUUAAGCAAAUUAGGAACUUGGUAGGGCUACAAGCAUAA